AUGGUUUUCUCAAACGCAACGGUAUAUCUGAACGACGAACAUUCAUAUUUUGCCAACAACAGUUCGUUGGAAAAUCUUAUGCUUGCCUUUGAUCUUGAUGAGCUCAUGAAAGCCUUCUUGGAACUUGUUGGAGACAACGAAACGUCAGCGGACGCUACCAGAAACCUACUCGGCAAUGCUGGCCCCGGAGGCCCGACCAACACUUUAGACGGAUCUGAGAUAGCGAUUGGAGUUCUGUACAGCCUGAUCAUGCUCGUUUGUGGAGUCGGGAACUUUCUCCUCCUGCUCGUGCUUCUCCUCUACAAGGAGACCCGCACGACUACCAACCUGCUCAUCGGGAAUCUGGCUCUGUCGGACCUGCUGGUGUCCCUUCUGUGCCUGCCGUACAAUAUGGAUUACCAUGUUGUACACGCUGGCUCGUGGCGUCACAGCACAGCGCUCUGCGCCGUGGUCAACUUCUUCACCUCCGUGUCACAUUACGUCUCAACGCACGCACUUCUGGCCAUUGGUGUGGACAGGUAUCUCGUUGUUCAAAACGCAAGGACGAGGCGCUUCAACCCCUGCUGGACGUCUGUCGUCAUCUGGGUGACCGCCCUCGUCUUGGCUCUGCCCGGGGCCAUCUUCUCCCGCACUGUCCCGUACCAACGCCAGGACUCCGUCUUCUGCGGGGUACUGUGGCCCGUCUCCCUACAACAAGUCUACAAGGGGUUCCACAUCUUCCUGGUGGUGGGUGAAUUCGCCAUCCCUGCAGUCGUCAUGAGCGUGUUCUACUCCGUGGUGGUGUAUAAGGUGUGGCGGCGCCAGUUCCCGGGACAGCGAAACGCCUCCCACGCCCGCGUCCAGGCUCGGUCCCGCCGAAAAUCCAUAAGACUAUUCGCUCUCUUCAUCAUGAUAAUUGAGGACCUGACAACUCAGGACAUGUGA